AUGCCAGAAAAGGAGUUGGAUUAUAUUAGAUCCAGAGAAGCCGCCUCUGGGUCCUCAAACGAGAAAUCGGGUGGUGUCUAUAUCGACGCCUUUGACCAACAAGACUCACGACCUCCAUUGAAAGGAUGGGCUAAAUUCAAAGACAGUUUCAAAAGAGCCGACACAGAUGAGUUGGGAAUCGACCCCAACUUGACCGAGGCCGAAAAGAUUGCCGUUAUGACUGCUAACUCACCAUUGUCAAGAUCAUUGAAACCAAGACACUUGCAAAUGAUUGCCAUUGGUGGUAGUAUAGGUACCGGUCUCUUUGUCGGUUCCGGUACUUCGUUGCACACCGGUGGUCCAGCAGGUUUGUUGAUUGCAUACUUGUUGAUUGGUACCAUGAUUUACUGUACUGUUCACUCCUUGGGUGAACUUGCUGUGGCAUUCCCUGUUUCUGGUGCAUUCGUCACCUACAAUACCAGAUUUAUCGACCCUUCCUGGGGUUUUGCCAUGGCCUGGAACUAUGCCAUGCAAUGGCUUGUUGUCCUACCUUUAGAACUAGUUGCUGCCGCAGUCACUAUAAAGUACUGGAAUUCCGAAAUCAACUCGGCUGCAUUUGUCGUUAUCUUUUAUGUAUUAAUCAUUGCCAUCAACUUCUUUGGCGUUAAAGGUUACGGUGAGGCUGAGUUUAUAUUUUCCAUCAUCAAGGUGUUGGCAUGUUUGGGCUUUAUCAUCCUUGGUAUAAUUCUUUGUGCUGGUGGUACCGGUAAAGGUUACAUUGGUGGCAAACACUGGCGCGACCCAGGUGCAUUCAAUAACGGAGUCAAGGGUACAAUCUCAGUGUUUGUUAAUGCCGCUUUUGCCUUUGCAGGUACUGAGCUUUGUUGUUUGGCAGCAGCCGAAUCAGCAAACCCAAGAAGAGAUCUUCCAAAAGCCGUUAAACAAGUGUUUUGGAGAAUCUUGUUGUUCUAUGUCGUUUGUCUUACCCUUGUUGGAUUGUUGGUGCCAUACAACGACCCAAGAUUGCUUUCCGACGAAAGUUAUGCAUCAGCAAGUCCCUUUGUUAUCGCAAUUAAGAAUGCCAAAAUCCACGUUCUUGACCAUAUCAUGAAUGUUGUUAUUUUGGUUGCAGUCUUAUCUGUGGGAAAUGCAUCAGUGUUUGGCUCAAGUAGAACUCUUGCCGCAUUGGCUGCAUCAAAGCAAGCGCCAAAGAUUUUCGGUUACAUUGACAAGCAAGGUAGACCAUUGGUGGGAAUUAUUAUUCAAUUGAUCUUUGGUGCCUUGUGUUUCCUUGCUGCUUCAGACAAGCAGAGUUUGGUCUUUUCGUGGCUUCUUGCAUUGAGUGGUCUUUCAUCGAUUUUCACUUGGGGAUCUAUCAAUUUGUGUCACCUUAGAUUUAGAAGAGCAUUGAGUGUGCAAGGUAGAGACACACUGGAGUUGACGUAUACUUCACAACCAGGCAUAUAUGGUGCUAUUUGGGGUUUGCUUUUGAAUGUUGUUGUAUUGUGUUUGCAAUUCUGGAUUGCCGUGUGGCCAUUGGGUGAAGCACCAAAUGCGUCAGCUUUCUUCCAAAAUUUCCUUACCGUGCCUGUUGUUUUGGUGCUUUAUGUUGGACACAAGAUCUACUCUAGAAACUGGAAGAUUUUCUACAGAGCACACGAGAUUGAUAUUGACACUGGUAGAGCUGAAUUGGAUUUGGAUUUGGUUCGUCAAGAGGUUGCUGAAGAAAAAGCAGCACUCAGGGCAAGUCCUUUCUACAAAAGGUUUGCACACUUUUUCUGUUAA